AGGUUUUCCUGGUACGGUCUACGAAGAAGUGUUGUUGACUUUCAAGAUCCAGCCGCUGCCGGGCACCCCGCGAUACGGUGUUUACAGUACAAAUCCUACGCUAUUCCCACUGAACUUGUUACGCUAUGCCCCACCUUUUGCCUGCCGGCGUAACCCAAACCUCCCGUGCAGCAACCCAGACUUAAGCUCAGAGCUGCUGGAGCUCGAUCCGAGUCCCAUCCGACGCUGAGCACACGGCACCGCAGAUGAGGUCGUCGACAUGUCUAUCCCAGGCCUGGGGCAGAUUCCUCCGCAGCAACCAGCGACUCCUACAACUCGAACAAUAACACUCCGGCCCUUCUGGGAAUGGCGGUUUGAAGUGCCCCGGAGCUCCGCAUCCCAGGCGGGCGCGACCGUUCGGCUCACCAGUGGCACGGCUGAGCGCGACGGUACCGAGCUAGCCUUGAAUCACACCUACACCUUCCCUCGCAAUACCAAGUCCAAGCUCCUCACAUACACGGGGGCCACCCUCGAAGUCAGCGGCGAAUGCGUCGACCGAGUUGCGCAGUACAACACCCCGGAGGAUUCGCCCCAGCUGCCGGUACUCAACCUCCACUUCGCGCUGCAGGAGUUGCGGGGCGCAGCCGCCGCCAACAACAACAACAACAACCACAACCACAUCAUCAACCACAGCACCGGUGGUAACAAUGAUAAACAUGGGGACGGUGGCGGGUCCAAGCCCCCCGGUCCGAGGGUCAUGAUCUGCGGUGAAAAGGACAGCGGCAAGACGACGAUGGCGCGGACGCUGGCCGCGCUAGCGACGCGCGUCGGCGGACAGCCGCUCGUGGCCAGCGUCGAUCCGCGCGAGGGCAUGCUCGCGCUACCCGGGACGGUCAGCGCUGCCGUGUUCGGGACCAUCAUGGAUGUGGAGGACCCCGCGGCAGGGUUUGGCGUCAGCGGCACGCCGAGCAGCGGGCCAAGCGCCGUGCCCGUGAAGCUGCCGAUGGUGUACUACUUUGGGAGGGAGAGGGUGGAUGAGGAUGUGCGGUUGUGGAAGCAACUGGUGGGGAAGCUGGGAAGCUCGGUGAAGGCCAAGCUGGAGGCAGACGAGGUGGUACGGGAGGCUGGCUUAGUGCUGGAUACCCCUGCGGCAAGCGUGGCGAAAGGAGAUCUGGAAGUUCUGGAGCAUCUCGUGAAGGAAUUUGACGUGAAUAUCGUGGUCGUUUUGGGCUCGCCUGGCAUUCAUGGCGAGCUACAGCGUCGCCUAGAGUCUCAAAAGACGGUAUACGGAGAAAGCAUCACUCUCAUUUCGCUCGAAAAGUCCGAUGGUGUGGCAGGGAGAGAUAAAGACUCCAUGAAGUUUACUUUCGACGCGGCCAUCAAGGAGUACUUUUUCGGGGAUGCCAAACGGACAUUGAGCCCGUUCACGCAGUCUGUCAGCUUUGACGACGUGACCAUCUUCAAGUCGCCAGACGAUCCGUACAACGACCAGGCGAUCCUCGAGCGGGCAGACAUCUCGGCGGAGAUGUCCCACUGGACACUCGCCGUUAUGAACGCCUCGCCGAGCGACCCUCCAGAAGCGAUUCAACAGGCAGCGGUCAUUGGAUUUGUGGCCAUCGCAGACGUGGACGAGGACAGACGUCGACUCAAGAUCCUCUCCCCUGUUAGCGGCCGGCUGGGAAACAGGCCAAUGGUGUGGGGUCGCUGGCCGGAGCCGUAUAUCAAUCUGCUGGGUUGACUCGUUAAACUUCCUUCCUCCCUUACACUAUUUAAUCUUCACUUGUAUAUUUCUUGUGUACUUUUUGGUUUCACAUUGCUGGUGCGGUGCUACGAAAGGACUUUUUUUGGCCGGCGCUCUAAGAUCGGGAAGAAUGUUGAGGUUUCAAGACAACUCGUACAGUGUGGUGUACGGAAAAGGGCUCCAUUCAUUGCCGACCAAAUGGUCAAUGGAUGU